AUGGAAGAAUCGGAGGAGAAAGCAAAAAAGAAUGAAACAGUGGUAGAAUUCAUUCUUCUGGGAUUUUCUGACAUACCUAAACUCCAAGAGAUUCUGUUUGUAAUUUUCUUAAUCAUGUACCUGACUAUCUUGUUAGGGAAUGGUCUCAUUAUCCUAAUAACCAAGAUUGAUCCAAGUCUUCAAACACCCAUGUAUUUUUUCCUUGGUAAUUUUUCUUUUUUGGAAAUAUGUUACACUUCAGUUACUCUCCCAAGAAUGAUGAUGAGCCUUUGGACCAAGAAAAAAAAUAUUUCUUUCUUCAACUGUGCAUUACAACUUUGUUUCCUACUUAUGUUAGGAGGCACUGAGUGUUUGCUCCUGGCUGUGAUGGCAUAUGAUCGCUAUGUGGCCAUCUGUAAGCCUCUCUACUAUUCUCUCAUCAUGAACUACAAAGUGUGUACUCAUUUGGUCAUUGCCUCAUGGGUCAGUGCAAUGCCAAUUGUGAUAGGGCAGACAUAUCAGAUUUUCUCUCUGCCUUUCUGUGGUUCUAAUAAACUCAAUCAUCUCUUCUGUGAUAUGCCCCCAUUACUGAAGCUAGCCUGUGGUAAAAACCUUAUGAAUGAGUUAACUAUUUAUGUUGAUGCUGCGGUGUUUGCUAUGGUUCCAUUUCUUUUGAUCCUUGGGUCCUAUAUCAAAAUCAUCACUACCAUUAUGAAAAUGCCUUCAGCCACUGGGAGAUAUAAAGCAUUUUCCACUUGCUCUUCCCAUCUCACAGUUGUAGUAUUAUUCUUUGGUUCUGCUAUCAUUACAUAUUCAAUACCCAAAUCCAGCAGUUUGUCAGGCAUAGACAAAGUACUCUCUCUUUUCUACACCAUUGUGACACCAGUGUUUAACCCUAUGAUAUAUAGUUUAAGAAACAAGGAUGUCAUUGCUGCAGUAACGAAAUUAUUACCCAAAUGGUUUGUAUCAUGA